UCUGUGCUGAUUCACCAAAUGCCUAGAAGGACCACUGUAAGUCUGAAUCUCAACUGAAGAUACUGCAACAGCAAAAUCCAUGAGGCACCAUUAAAAACAAUGCUAUCGCGAUAAACGAGCCGAAGUUCUGCAUCACAAAUGAAGUGCUGUAGAAACCUUUUCUCACUCUGUUUCACCUCAGAGGCUGAACACGGACUCUUCACAGAAGAGGGUCCUGAUGACAUCACAUCCUCUCCUAUAAGUUACGCUGCCUCCAAAGUUCAGUGACAAAGAUCACCCGCGCUGCACUGCACCGCCCUGAGGACGAUGGCCGUGUCUCCUGCACUGCUCCUCCUGCUCAGCCUGGGGCUCUGCUGCACCAGCACCCAGGGACAGAAGAACACAAUGGAGGCCAGGUUUUUCAACAGGAACAUAAAGCACCCCAAAGAGGGACAGCAGCUGGAGCUGGAGCGCCUGCAUUACGAGAGAAACACACCCAUCUUCUGGAUCCGCCUGGACAAGAGUGAGAACCUUCACUUCAUUGUCUACAGUACCCAUUCUUAUGCCACCAAAUUGCAGGAGGGUGAGAAAACAUCACCAAACUUUGUGGCAUUAUGGAGAGGAAACUCCUAUCGACUAGUCGUGAAGUCCUUCAGGGCACAGGACGAGGGAAUCUAUUACUGCAUCAACUACAUCAACCCGGUGCUGCACUUCAGCUCAGGACAACGCGCCUUCUUCCCAGCUGAACACAUCGCACCCACAGCCACCAUCCAGAGCAGCCAGGUCACCACAAAGGACAACUCACAACAGGGCCAAGAUGCAGGAACAAGCAACGAGAACACACUGCAUUUCUGCUAUGAUGUGGUCAUCUGGGUUAACCUGACUGGUGCCUGCCUCCUGCUCCUCACUGCCAUAACCAUCACCAUCACGCACUGCCAAAGAACAAGCAAGGAAAUAACACAGAAUUCCAUCUGUAAUGUUUUCCUCUGGGUUCGAGUGGCUGGCACCUGCUUCCUGAUCCUCACUACCAUAACCAUCACCAUCAUGCACUGCCAAAGACCAAGCUCACCGUAAGCAAGCAGCGCUGCAUCGCUGCUCAGCAGAAGGCACACAGGCGUCGUCCUCAAGCACCGCACGGAUCCCAUCAGCAACACGCACAGCUGCCCUGACAGAGCGUGGGCAUCUGGCUGAUCCUUCACUGCCUACCCAUCAAUCUCACACAAAACUCAGCUCUCAGACCCCAACCCACAUCUCACUCCUGAGGCCUUCCCAAUUAAACGCUUCUAAUCCUUAACGCUCACAGUGUGUUCUUUGGUUUCACUCACAGUUUUCAUAGG